ACGAUGUAGUACGUCGUCUUGAAGCACAGAUAAGGUUCGGGAAAGCGAGUAAAUAAAACCAAAACUCAAAUUAUCGUCAUGGUGAUUUUUCUGUUUUGUUUUGAUUUAUGUUUAUGUUGGUUUAUGGUUAAUGGACUUUGGAAUUCGGGAGGAAACGGCACUCAGGCUUCUUAUCACACUCUCUCGCUUCUGAUCAGGGCCACGCCAAGAUGAGUUCCAUGACAGGGUUGCUUAUCUUGACGCAGCCGGUGCGGAAAAUUAUCCCAAGUUUAUCGCAGACUCUGAAAGCUGCAUCUCAGCAUGUCAACAAAACCCUUUACAUUCACCUCGACCCACUGGCAAGAAAAAGGUCGCCAGACUUACCGCAGCGCCUCUCCUUAUACAGCCGUCUCAUCACCACUAUUUAUUCGGAGUCUUCGUCACAGUGCCGAGGCAUGGACGUCCGCGUUCUUAUGGCAGGCUUCAAGCACCUAUCUGAUGUACCACAGAAAGUCAAUGCCAAAGUUGACCUAGUGCUUCUUGACCAGAUGAGAGAGGAGACUGAACUGUUGGACCUGAAGCAGAGGUAUGAAAACUACCUUCUCGGUAACAAGGACAAAUUGGUGUUUCUGUGCAAAGGACCUGGCAGUGGAUCAGAGGAAUUGGAUGAGGCUGUGACUGUAGAUAGAGAUGUUAACGCAGCUGCCAAUAAAGUUUUUGAAAGUGUAGUCGUGGGAGGGACGUUUGAUCACAUCCAUGCUGGACACAAGAUCCUCCUCUCAGAAGGUCUCCUGCGAUGUAGCAGGAAGUUUACGGCCGGCAUAGCUGAAGGACCACUUCUCAAGAACAAAACUUUGUCAGAGUUGAUAGCGCCGUGCCAAGAUAGAAUUGAGGCUGUGAAAGAACUUGUGACAGAUUUAGACCCUACGCUUGAUUACCACAUUGUUGAGAUCACAGAUCCAAUGGGACCCACCAGAUGGGAUCCUGACAUGGAUAUGAUUGUGGUGAGCGAGGAAACCAAAAAGGGUAUAGACCUCAUCAACAGCGCACGUAAAGAAAGUGGACUAAAACUUUUAGAGGGUUAUAUCAUCAGCUUGGUGGAAGACAAGGAUCGGGAAUCAACAGAAGAAGAGGAAAAGGUUAGCUCUAGUUCGCAAAGGAUGAGGCUCCUUGGUACUGUCAUUCAGCCGUUGACCCCAAAUCUUGAUAUUCCAAGCCAUCCACAUGUCAUUGGUCUAACUGGAGGUUCUGCGAGUGGAAAAUCCAGUGUUGCGAAACGCUUCCAGAAACUUGGUGCUGGUAUUGUUGACUGUGAUAAAUUAGGACAUGAAGCCUACAAGAAAGGGACAGACUGUUACAACAAGCUCAUUCAAGAAUUUGGGAAAGACAUAGUAGCCAGCGAUGGGGAAAUCAACCGCAGGGCUCUGGGACCAAAGGUUUUCAAUAAUAAAGAUGCACUUGAGAAACUGAACGGCAUUGUAUGGCCUGAGAUUGCCAGACUCGCCAAGGAACAGAUCACAGACCUAAGAGGAAAAGGCCAUAAUGUGGUAAUACUUGAUGCUGCUGUUCUUCUGGAGGCAAACUGGGAAAAGUUCUGCCAUCAGGUUUGGGUGUGCAUCAUCAAGAGAGAAGAAGCAAUCAAGCGCAUUGUGGAGCGUGACGGAAGGACGCAAGAGGAGGCAGAGAGAAGGAUCGACAGCCAGCUCUCCAACAAGGAAAGGGUAUCCCGAGCCAAUGUCGUCUUUUGCACGCAGUGGGCAGGAGAGUAUACGCAAGGCCAAGUUGAGAGAGCAUGGGAAGACCUCCAAACCAUGCUGAGAGAGAAAAGCGAGACUAGUAAAGCGCAGCUCUAGUGUGGGUUUUGCGAUUCUUGAGUCUUGUUGUUCCUUAUUGGUUGGUCACACACACACGCAAUCACAUCUCUUAUGGAGGUAUGCUUCAUCAGGAUGGCUGUUGUUAUGUUUUUUUUUUUUUUAUCUAUUUAUGUAGGUUUGUAUGUAUUGGUGUAGACGUUUGAUGUUGUUGGUAUUUAAUCAAUUUUAUAAAAUUUAUAACAACAGAUUUCUAGAUGUAUGUGUAUAUGUAUAUAGAUAUUUA